GUCAAGAUGCAGAACCUGAUGCACGUUCCGGGGGCGGUCUACCUGAAGGUGCCGAUCCUGCUGAUCGGGUGCUUGCUGUUCUUGACGUUAUGGAUCCCCGUGAAGGUGCCGGAGCCGACCGUCGUAGAUAUGACCUUCGUGCUGGCGCCGACCAUCAUAUGGAGUAUCCUCGUGGAGGUGAAGGAGCUGAGGGUCGCGGAGGUGCUGGAGCCGACCUUCGUGGAGAAGACCUUCGUACUGGUGCCGACCGUCGUGGAGACGAUCUUCGUGGAGACGACCGUCCUGGAGAUGCUGGUGCCGACCGUCGUGGAUGAGAUCUUUGUGGUGGUGCUGGAGCUGGCCGUCGUGGACACGACCUCCGUGAUGGUGCCGACCGUUGUGGAGACGACCUUCGUGGGGAUGACAGUCGUGGAGGUGCGGGUGCCGACCUUCGUGGAGAUGACCUUCGUGCUGGUGCCGACCGCCGUGGAGGCGUUCCUCGCGGAAACGACCGUCAUGGUGGUGCUGGUGCCGACCCUCGCGGAGACGACCGCCGUGGAGACGAACUUUGUGGAGCUGACCUACGUGACGAUCUUCGCGAAGACGACCUUCGUGAUGACCUUCGUGGUGAUGACAUUCGUGGAGGCGGCCUUCGUGGUGACGGCCGCAGUGGCGGCGACCGUCAUGGAGACGACCUUCGUGCUGGUGCCGACUUUUGUGGUGGUGCUGAUGCCGGCCGUUCUGGAGACGAUCUUCGUGGAGGUGCUGAAGCCGACCUUUGUGGUGAAGACCGUCAUGCUGGUGCCGAUCGUCGCGGCGACGACCGUCGUGGAGAUGGCCUCCAAUGUGCUGCUGCUGACCGUCGUGAUGGUGCCGACUGUCGUGGAGGAGAUGUUCCUCUUCCGGGGUCUGUCCAUCCUGAUCGUCGGCCUGGCGACCUCGUGCGUGAUCCG